AAGAAUUAGGACCUGGUACACAAUCAGUAUCAGUCGAUUAUGUACUUAAUGUUUAGAAAUCAACACGCUAAAAAGAUUAUGUGUUAUUACAAGAGACUUUUGAUUUUUAAUAGAGAAUCUUAUAGGUCUAUUUUCAAAAUGCUGUUACAAGAAUGUGAUAAUGAAAACACUGAGUAUAUGCUGAUGUCAAUAAAGACUGAACCUGAUGAAACACUUUCUGACUGUGAAGAUUCCCCUAAUGUAUACUUUGAAAUCGCACACUACUCCCAAAACCAUGAAGAGCUUUGUGCACAGGAUAUAAAACCUGAUCUGCAUGUGUUAGAUAUUAAAGAAGAACCAUCAUAUGAAACAGAUUUGUUGAAAAGCAUUAAACUGGAAACAUCAGAAAUGCAGGAAAGAAUCACCUUUGGUGAUAGUAAUAGUAGUGAUUCAUUUUAUCAAGCUCACAACUUGAAAGGUAAACAAAUAUUGAGCAAUCAAUCAAUCAGAAAAUAUGAACAAUCACUGUGUGAAAGAAGUAUGUUUGAAAAACCAACAGAAUGCUUUGAUUUAGAAAACUCCCAAGUUAAAGGUGUUGAACAUACCAGGCAACUGCAAGUUUCAUACAACAGAAAAGCAAGGUGGUUAGAGAGAGAAACACCAGAGCAACAUUUACUGAGACUACAACGCUCGAGAGAAUAUAAAAAAAGAAGUCGAGAAAAUGAAACUCCAGAGCAACGUGCAUUGAGACUACAACGCUCAAGGGAAUACAAAAGAAAAUCACUUGAAAAUGAAACACCAGAACAGCGAGUGAUGCGGUUACAGCGCUUGCGAGAAAAUAAAAGAAAAUAUUUAGAGAAAGAAACUGCGGAGCAGAGAUCACGGAGGCUACAACAUUUAAGAGAAUAUGCAAGAAAAAUACGUAAUAAACAAUCUCUUGAGCAUCAACCAGUUAGAUCAGAGGAAACUGCACCAUGUACUAGUAUGCAAUACUUACAACAAUUAGAAAAGAGCCAAAACACUUGUGUGAAAGAUAUCAGAAUUAAAUUGUCAGCAAAAGAAACACCAGAACAGCGCUCAAGGAGGUUACAGCGUUUACGAGAAUAUGCAAAAAAAAUGCGUAGUAAUGAAACUCCAGAGCAACGCUCACUUAGAUUACAACGAUUACGAGAAAAUCAGAGACGUAGGCAUGAGCAUGAAACAUUCGAGCAACGCUGCUUGAGAUUAGAACGUUUACGAGAGCAGGGGAAAAAAUAUAGGGCUGUUGAAACACAAGAGCAACAGUCACAGAGGUUACAGCACUUGAGAGAGAUUAGGAAGGAAAACCUUCAACAUCAAAUACAAGAAAAUUGUGCAUUUUGUGUCUAAUCUGUUAUAUCAUAGAACAUAACUAUUUAAGAGUUCAAGCUGUAUAACAAAUCAAAUUGGACAAGAUGUAGCUCUUCUAGAAAAAUAAAACUAUAAAAUAAAUAUUGAAAUUAUAAUAAAUACUGAUUGUGUCUAUAAGUAGUGUAGUAAAGCAAACCUGCAUUAAGCUUCAUUGUUGCAAGAGUGUUAAGCCAGGCGACUAAAAGUAUAAAUCCUUUGUACUAUUACAUCACUAUAAAAAGUUCAUUUAGAUUUCUGUCAUUGAAUUGUAAAGUUUCAUGACUUUUAUCAUCUAUUUUAGUAGUGCUACAAGUGAAAGAUAUUUUUUAAAAAUUCAGAUAAUUUCCUCCCUUGACCUGUAACAAUGUGACUAAAUUUGUAAACAUUUGUUGUAAACUUGAUAUUUAUAAUGUAUAAAAACCUCAAAAAAGAUGUUUUGUUUCACAAAAUAAAAUCAGGAUCUUGUUCAUGUUGUUUUAUGAAAACAGCAUAAACGGUUAUUUUACCUACCUGUUCUCUGGGAUGUAAUAUGUUGAAGCAAUCAAAAUAUAUGUGAUCUCACUAGUAUUAUUGUAAAAAAUCUCAAGCAUUACAAAACUUAAGUUAUUCUUAUUGUUGAUGUACAGCAUUUCAGUAAUUUGUAAGACAUGUUAAUUUUUGUUUGUUUAGCAACUAGUCAUCUGAGUUCUUUUUUAUUUGUUGAGUUCUAGACUAAAAGGCAUUAUUUUUUAACAUUUUCUCUUUACUCCAGUUUUGAAGAUUUUGAAAUGUUUUUUCAGUUCCUACACAUUAAAAAUCAAAGAAUAUUAAAGAUUUAAAAUAAAAUAUUUUCUACAUAUUGUUUUUGUUUGAUUUUAUGUUACCUUAUACUUGUAUAUAUAAUUUUAAAUAAAUUUGUUGAUAUUUAGGCAUAC